UAUCUUGCACUCUAGAUCCUUUACAUCCGGCCUGAAGCACGAGUAUCUAUGUUGCUGGAUUAGGCAUAGUUGUCGCAUGAUAUUCGAAAAUGGAUUCGGCCCCGCAGGUGCAGGUUGGUGGAACUGAAGAUGCAGUGCGGAGCACGCAAACUUUAGUCGAUGCAGAGAUGACGCCGGCUCCAAGCGCAGGAAAUGACGGUCAAACAGAACAGACACAAGGCGUUUCUUUGCCAGAUGCGCAACCAACAGAAGAACCGCAGCCCCCAAAAUUGCUUCACUUCCUUGAUUUCUUGACAUCACCAAUUGUCGAGCUUAUUGUUGGAAGCGACGAUAAAAAGACUGCCAUGACUGCCCACCAGAGUUUACUGUUGGAAUCGCCUUUGCUAUCCGAGCAGGUUAAAGCAUUUGGUGAAGGUCCGCGCCGGGUUGAGCUCCCUUAUGAGGACGUCGAAGCGUUUGGCUAUUUCCUACAGUAUCAAUAUACACGAGACUAUGCACCUUCACAACCACAAACCGCUGAUGGAGCAGAUGAUACUGGCGAACAGCUCCUCAAACAUGCUCGUGUAUACACUCUGGCAGAGAAACUGGGUAUUCCUGCCCUGAAGUCCCUUGCGCAUUCUAAGAUACAUCGCAUCAACAGUACCUCGCGCGGCGAAUUGGCCUAUGCCCGCUAUGUAUAUGCAAAUACGGCGCCCGAUGAUAUUACUAUUCGCAAGCCCGUGUCGAACUUUUGGGGUAUGAGGAGCCAUGUCUUGCGCCAUGAAGCGGCCGAAGACUUUAAGCAGCUAUGUCUCGAUGUUCCGCAGUUUUGUUUUGACGUCCUGACCGUGGUCCUGGACCAAAAAGAGAAACGCGCACAGGACCGAGCAGAGACAGAAUCUGGAGUGAAGGGGAGUGGAAGGAAGCGACUUCGCAGUGGCCUGUAGGCGGCACAAACUGGAUUGUCGAUAAGAGACUCGCAAUUUGGGGCGUACUUAUCAACGGAUCGAUCCAUCGUCAUUUGUAAUCUUCUUGUCACCGAGCCCAACCUCCUACCUCCGCUUUUCU